UCCAUUCAUCAUCAUCAUCAUCAUCAUUUUUUGUUGUUGUUGUCGUCAAUAUUAAUUUCGAAAUUUCGAAUCCUUAACAACAAAAAAGGAUUAUUGGAUGCAAUCAACAUUCUACUGCUGUUGCUGCUGCUACUACUACUACGUUAUUCAAAUAUGAUAUCAUCUUUUCUGAUCAACUUGACUGCAACGAUAUAAACAGAAUUUUUUUUUUUAAUCAUCAUUCAUCCAAAUGUGUAAACAAAGCUUAUGAUAAUCAACAAUCGUGAUCCAAAAAAAAAAAAAAUUUAAUUAGUCAAUAACAACAACAGUGACAGAAAUAAAAAUGGCCCAAAUUUAUCGAUCCAAAUCAUCAUCAUCAUCAUUAUUAUUGAUAACAAUAAUAUCGACAACAUUAAUAUCAUACACUUGUUCAUUACCCGUUUCAUCAUCAUCAUCAUCAUCAUCAUCAUCAUUGGUAUUGAAACAAAAACCAUCAGAAUCACCAUUCUGUCAAUCGCAUGCCAAUAUAAAUCAAGUAUAUAAUAUUGGCAAUGAUAUUUAUCUGGCAUUAAAUUCACGUUCCAUUUAUCGUUUUGAUGUGAAACAAAAACAAUUAUAUAAACAUAAAUAUGAUAUUAAUGAAUUAUUUGGUAAAAAUAAUUUCCGUUGGAUUGAUACUGUCAUCAGUUUAAAUGGUGUAUGCAAAAUUUCAGACAUAUGUCAAGGUGAUCAAUAUGAUCAUGAUCUUGAACGUAUACACAUUGUUAUCGGUGGCCGUAUUAUUGAUAAAGAUCGUUCAUAUGGUCUUGCAUUAUAUGAUCUUAAUGAUGAUGGUGAUGGCAAAUUACGUUUAUUGGAUCGAAAAUCAUUGGAUUCAACAUUGUUAACACGUUUAAAUCGUACCGGUUUAGAUAUUAAUAUGUUAGAACGUGAAGGUUCCAUUAUGUAUGGAUCAUUUUGGCCAUCACAAAAUGGUGUUCAAUCUGGCAAUCUUUACUAUCGUUCUGGAUUAUUUGUACCGGAUAAAUCGGAUUUAUUUUUCUCUGUAUAUGAUACGAUGACCGGUUUAUCACAACGUAUAAUUCGUAAACAAUUAACGGUCACUACAAACGAUAGGCAACAAAAAUCAUCAUCAUGGGAAAAUCUUAAUGAUCAAAUGAUUGAUGGAAAAUUUGUAAUUGGAAUGUUUAAUUUUGUUCCUAAACAUCGUUCAUUUGGUUUAACAGAUAAUAUGGAAAUAUUGGAAUUUAUAUGGACAAAUUUCGAUGAACAGAAUCCACAUGAUGAAAUUCGAUUCAUUCCAAAGGGUUCUAUACGUGAAUUAUUAAAUUGUUAUGACAAUUCAACCGAAUUGGAAAAUGAAUCAUCAACAAUAACCGCUAGUCCAACUACAACAACAACGACAACGACAACAACCACCACGACGACGACGACUACGACUACGACAACAUCAACAACGACAAUGAAACCAGAAACUGUAACCAAAUUACCAUUACCACCAAAAGUGAAUAAUAUUGAUGAACCAAAAACAAUUGAUAAUAUCAAACCAAACAGGAAUGAUGUCAGUAUUGAUGAUGAUGAUAAUGAUAAUGAUGAUGAUGAUGAUGAACAGGAAGAAAUACCAAUAUCUGAAGAAAAUGAACCACCAAGUUUAAAUGAUAUUGAUCAUCAACGUGAUGAUCCAAAUAAUGUAAACAUUUAUGCAAAUCAUAAUCAUAAUCAUCAACAACAACAACAUUAUGUCAACAAUAAACAUCUGUCAUCAUCGAUUGCACCGGAAUUGGCUGAAGCAUCUGCACGUGGUCCAUAUAAUUCACAUGAUAGUGGAUUAGUAUGGACAUUUGCAAUCCUGACGACAAUGUUGGUCAUUUUAGCCAUCAUUAUUCUUGUGCCCAUAUUGAUUAUAAGAUAUCGAUCUCGAAAGAAUCAAAAAAUGUAUUUGAAUGCAAAAAAAUCAUCAAAUUCAAUGAAAAAACAGAAAAAUGCUAAUGGCCUUGAUCAAUCAAAUUGUUCGGAAGAGGUUCAAUUGAUGAAUACAUCGAAUAUUGAUAAAUAAUCGAACUAUUAUCACAUGAUUCUCUCUCUCUCUCUCUCUCUCUGCCUAUCCUAUACUAUCCGCGUUAUUCAAUAUUAUUAUUAUUGUUUUUCUUUUUUUUUUUUGAAUAUUUUGUAUAUGAUAUAAACA